GGCCGAGAAAGCUCAAAGGCACGGUCAGCAGAGGAAGGGAGGAAGGGAGACCAGAGAGUGGUUUGCAUGGAUUUUGUCUUGGGUUAUUACCGUUGACAAGCCACUUAGCUGCCCCUGUGUUUAAGUUUAUCUGCGAAUAAGAUGGAGGUAACAAUAUUUACGCAUCUCACUGGGGACUUAUGAAAACAGCAUUUCUGACAGACCACUCAGGAUCCAUGGAUGAAAGGUGUUUCAGCCACCCGAACUCCUGCCUGCUCUGGGCAGAUUCUUAGAAUAUUUGCCCAUCAGCAGCCUCUCAGAGAGGAAUGUUAAAUGCUACCAUGAUGUCAAAGGGCCCCCAAGGAGAAGGGCCUGGGCCAAGCCCAGCCUGUCACUCGGGCCACGGCAGAGUGGGAGAUAAGCAAAGGCAACGGCUCGGAGAGAGCCUGGUCCUCUGGGCUCCCUGAGCAGCCCAGGCGAUCCUUAGCUAGAGAACAAUGAACUUCCAGACGCCUCUGCCCAAGUGAAAACCAGAGGUCUGUGGCUCUUCCACUUCCUCACCCCUGCGAGCCUUCAUCAGGAUGUCAGGAGCCCCCAAGGAGAGUUUGGGGGCCCAGGGACUGCCAGGGUUGGGCAAAGCCUGCUUAACCACCAUGGACAGAAAGCUUAACGUGCUGAAUGAGAAGGUUGACCAGCUCUUACAUUUCCAAGAAGAUGUCACGGAGAAACUGCAGUGUGUGUGCCAAGGCAUGGGCCACCUGGAGCAGGGCCUGCAUCGGCUGGAGGCCUCCCGGGUUAUGGGCCCGGCUAGGGCCGACUCCUCUCCCUCGGCUGACGCGCAGGCCGGGUGGCCAGAGGUCCUGGAGCUGGUGAGGGCGGUGCGGCAGGAGGGUGCCCAGCACGGUGCCCGGCUUGAAGCCCUCUUCCGGAUGGUGGUGGCUGUGGACAAGGCCAUAGCUCUGGUGGGGGCCGUGUUCCAGAACUCAAAGGUGGUGGAUUUCCUCAUGCACGGGAGUGUCCCCUGGAGGAAGGGAAGCCUGGUCGACAGCCCUGCGGAGAGCAGAGAGCGAGUGGAAGAGAAAGGAGCCAAACCAAAGCACACGCUGAGCACCAGAGGUGUACAAGCUGAGCUCAGGGCGCCUUGGGAAGAGACCCAGAAGGUGGGCCUGCCAGAGGGGACAGUGGAGAGGCUGCCCCCCAUCAAUGCUUCGGGGAUAGGACCUGACCUCCUCACCCAGGCAGAAUCCUCACUGGGGCAGGGAGAAGGAGUUCCUGGCCCAGCACAGGUGCUCCCAGCGGUGGAAGCCAGAGCUCCUGGGGCAUCCUGCGAGAAGUCCGGGACUGGCCUGGAAUUAUCUGCAGUGCCUGACAGGGUCAGUGAGGCCCCCACCAGCCAGGAGGCUGCACCGGGUGCAGGACAAGGAAUAUCGUCCAGUAGGCCUGACCCUCGGCCCUCAGAGGAGGGCAUGAGGCUGACUCCAGGGCCACCAGCCCAGGCCAAGGCAGCUCACAGUGGUGGAGAAGCACCUCCAAGGAUCUCCAUCCACGUGCAGGAGACAGAUACUCCUGGGGAACUGCUUGUGACACGAGGGGGCAGCCUCAGACACCCCACCUCUACAGAGCCUCCAGGAGCUGCCCAUCCAGGUGAGAAAGACCCACCUGGGCCCAGGUGCUGCCCCCAGGCCCCUGGGAUUGAGUCGGAAGAACAUAUCCCCAAAGGAGCCAGUGCAUUUUCCCCACUGCGGAGGCGGAGCAGUGGCGGGGGAGCAAAGGCCAAGGAGAAGCAGGGGCCUGGGGCUGCUCCCUCUGCAGCGGCACUGAGCAGUCCCAGGAAGGACAAGGGCGCCGAUGCUGGGGCCCCAGGCCCGCCGCAGGACGCAGACCCAGGAACAGCAAACCCUGAGCCUGGGAAGGACUGCACAGCCGGCGACACAGGCGGAACCGAAGCAGGAAGGAGGACGCCCCCGGGAGCAGAGUCUGGCAGCCUGGUUCUGGAUGACAGUCCGGCCCCGCCAGCCCCUUUCGAACACCGGGUGGUGCGUGUCAAGGAGACCUCGACCUCAGCGGGCUACGCAGUAUGCCAGCACGAAGUCCUGGGAGGGGGCCGAUUUGGCCAGGUCCACAGAUGCACAGAGAAGGCCACAGGCCUCUCGCUGGCGGCCAAGAUCAUCAAAGUGAAGAGCACCAAGGACCGGGAGGAUGUGAAGAACGAGAUCAGCAUCAUGAACCAGCUCAGCCACGUGAACCUGAUCCAGCUCUACGACGCCUUUGAGAGCAAGAACAGCUUCACCCUGGUCAUGGAGUAUGUGAAUGGGGGUGAACUCUUCGACCGGAUCACGGAAGAGAAAUACAACCUGACGGAACUGGAUGUGGUCUUGUUCACCAAGCAGAUCUGCGAGGGCGUGCAUUACCUCCAUCAGCACUACGUCCUGCACUUGGACCUCAAGCCGGAGAAUAUACUGUGUGUCAAUCAGACAGGACACCAAAUCAAGAUCAUUGACUUCGGGCUGGCCAGAAGAUACAAGCCUCGGGAGAAGCUGAAGGUGAACUUCGGCACUCCUGAGUUCCUGGCCCCGGAAGUCGUCAAUUAUGAGUUUGUCUCGUUCCCCACAGACAUGUGGAGCGUGGGAGUCAUCACCUACAUGCUACUCAGUGGUUUGUCCCCGUUUCUAGGGGAAACAGAUGCCGAGACGAUGAAUUUCAUUGUGAACUGUAGCUGGGAUUUUGAUGCCGACACCUUUGAAGGGCUGUCGGAGGAGGCCAAGGACUUUGUCUCCCGGUUGCUGGUCAAAGAGAAGAGCUGCAGAAUGAGUGCCACACAGUGCCUGAAACACGAGUGGUUGAAUAAUUUGCCUGCCAAAGCUUCAAAAUCGAAAGUUCGCCUCAAAUCCCAACUAUUGCUGCAGAAAUACAUGGCUCAAAGGAAGUGGAAGAAACACUUCUACGUGGUGACUGCUGCCAACAGGUUAAGGAAAUUUCCAACUUGUCCCUAAUCCUCAACUCUGCUGCUCCUGUGAGCCCAGAAAUUAUUGAGACUGGUGGUGAAGUCACGACUGAAGAUUUUUACUAAUACUGAUUCCACUUAAAUUUUUUGUUAAAAAAGAAGAAAGGUUAUGGCUGUUGCCUUUCUUGUGGCUGGAAAGUGGCUGUAAAGAAAGUGACUUAACUUUUUUCUGCGUUAUGAGAUCACUAAGUUGAAAUGCUGUGAUUACUUUUCCAGUGUGCCUACUUUUGGUGAUACGUGUAGGCAUGUUUUAAGCAGGUAGGACAGCUUCUAUGUCAAAGCUUAUAUGUCAAAUUUAAAAUCUAAGCUUACUCUGUUUAAAGAACCCAGUGGACUGUCACACAGGGCAUGUUAUUCAGUGUUACCUCCUCUAGUGCAGAGAAUUCCUAGCAUUUUGAUUUGUUCAAGCGUGAGCUGACAUCUAGUGCAUUUAUCAUGAUUCUGGUAUGAAGUAACAUGGAUUUAGGGCAGUGAUCCUCAACCUGGUUUUAACUUGUGCUUCCUUUUGAGAAUCAAAACACACAUUCUUUAAUAUUCUUUAAAAUCUCAAAAUACACUGACCGUCACCGCUAAAUCAGAGCAAGGAUAGUUGUGAAUAUGCUUUUUAAAUCUGUGCACACCUCUACUGUCUCCUAAUUCGGCCCUGUCGUGGCAUUAGCCUUCUCCCUCCUGAUCUCCCUUCUUCAGUUAUGAAUCUGUGGUUGAGUGAGUCUGGAAUCUGACAUGCAACAUGUGAGAGAGGGAAGAAUGUAAUGAUGUUCAGCUUUCUGAGAGAAACACAGAAACGACGCAUCAUGAGAAAAUAAAUGAAAACUGCUCUUCUACUGAUUAA